AUGGCUCGUCUCUCAGGAUUGCAAAAGGAGGUCCUGGCCCUCUACCGUAACUGCCUCCGGGAGAGCCGCAAGAAGCCGCAGGCCACUCGUCCACACUUCGAGAACUUUGCCAGAAAUGAAUUUGCACGGAACCUGAAAAUCGACAAGCGUGACUUUGCCGCUAUCGAGUUUCUCUUGCGGAAGGGAAGACGUCAGCUCGAGGUCUACGCUUCUCCUGGCAUCAAGGAUGUUAGGAAAGAAGCUCCUGCCAUGGACUCUUCUAUCUACCUUCCCGAGCAGGUCUACGGGAACACCGUUCUGCCAUUGCUUUACACUUCUCUCUCUCCCCUCACCAACUUCUUCAACUACACGUUUGUAGCAUGA